AUGAGGAACGAUCAGGGUGAUAAUCGUCUACCGAGUUCGAAGACCGACUUAAGCGAGAAACCGCUUCCAAAACGACCUGGAGUACUUGCAAAAAUGAAGAAGCUCCAAAUUGGAUUUGGGAGUGAUGAACCUGCGGUUUCCUCUAUACCACAACCAAGCUCCCCUAAGCGUAAUGAGAGCAGUAAUGAUACCCAAUUCCAAGCAAUGAAGUACGAUGCCAUGGAUACAAGCCCAAAGGAACCAGUGCAGGUAAAAUACCUUCCUGGUAGGAAAGAAACUCCACCGUCGCCCAGAACAUCUAUAGGGCUGAACUCACCGCGGAAGUACUCUGCAAGUCUGCAGAGCUCAUUUGAGGCCAAACUACAACAGCAACUGUCGCAGCAGCAAUUUCGCAACCCCAGUAAUAAUAGUGACCUACAGAAUCAAAGGAGUAGUGGCGAAUAUGGUUACUUGAGAAACAGUAGUAACACAGAUUCAUUUGGCAAUAACACCAACAGUAACAAUCAUAUAUAUAGCAUAACGACUGGUAGUGUCUCAAGUAUUGGAUCGUCACUAGAUCCAAAGCUGAAAUCUUCUCAGAUAAUACAGCAUCAAGAACAACAUCAGAAGUCGACAGAUUUGACGUCAGUUGGUUUGAACUUGGCUGGAUACGGGCUAUCCUCUGAUGAUUUGAUGCCACCUCCAACGAUGAAGCCAAUGAAGGUGAUAAACAACAAUAAUUUGACUAAAACUGCGUAUCAAGGCGGCUUACAUCCACCGGGAUCACACCAUUCUUCAAGAAAUAACUCCAAUAACUCACUCCCGGAACGGAGGGCUAACGCAGCAGCAGAAAGAUCCAAUUCAAGAGACAGCAGCGGAAGUAGUAAUGGGGGACCAAUUGUAAGCAAGACCACGUCCAACCCGGCUUUAAUCAAAAAGGCUAUAGUGACACCUAGCACAAAUGAAGAAGGAUCCAGUAGCACUUUGCAAUCUUUUUCCGUCCUAUCGUCCAACAUUAACCAAAUGCCCAAGGCAGAGAUAGUAAAUAGCCUAUUUGAAAGACUACUCCUGUUAAGAGCUUUCACUGAGGCCGCAGUUAAAACUUUAAGAGAGCAACCUACAAGGAGGAAAUGGGAGCUUUUGUUGAGCGAAAAUGAAAGUAAUGAGAAUUUUGACUUGCGGAGUUUAACUACGCAAGUUCACAUCCAGCAACAACAACAGCAACAGCAAUUACAUCAACAACAGUUUUUGCAACAGCAGCAAUUAGAAAGGCAACUUCUGCAGCAACAACUGCAACAUUCUGGCGAAAUUGCAUUGUCUUCCACUCCCACUCCACCUGUUAUCACGAAUAUAGAGAGAACAUCAUCCACGUCAUCUGAUUCUUCAAAUUCGAAUUCACGUAAAUCUAGACCACAUUCAACCUUUUUAGCACUUUCCAGAAUAGUCACGACUUCAGAUAGAAAAAAAUCCAUUGAUAGCCCCUCUGUCAAUUCUUCAACACCAAGUGAUCCCUAUGGAAGUUCAGCAACUUCGGGCAACAACACUACUGCUACUUUUGCAUCUCUUGUAAAGAAAUCAAAACUAUCAGUUAACUCACCAGAAUGGUUUGUUUCAAGGUUAAUGUCUAAUAAGUUAACUGUUAAAGAAUAUAAAAAGUUGGAAAAGAAAUUAUCUAAAAACACUGUUUCUGCAAAGACUGGUAACACUUGGAUACAAAGUUUCAAUGAGGCUCAAGGUGAGACCGCUUUGGGUGUGAUCCUUUCAAGAAUUAACAAGAAAAGUAUCAAAUCAAAUGAAGAAUUCGAGAAGGAAUACGCUAUUGUGAAAUGCUUGAAGAAUAUUUUAAAUUUUGAAAUUGAACAAAACUCAGGAAGUUUCGCUACUGAAUCUAACAGAGCAAGUCGUGACUUGAGCAGUUUGGUCAGUUAUAAUACCACUUCAUCCUCACAGUCUUCCAACAAAAACAAGUCUUAUCUUAUAAAGGCGAUAAUAUUUUCCUUGAUUUCACCUAGAUUAUCCACGAAAAUUCUUGUCACUGAAGUUUUAAUAUUUCUCUCAUAUUAUAAAGCAAACGAAUUUGUGGGAGUUAUAUUAGAAGGAAUGAGCCUGCUUCAAGAACUUUUAGGAGACGAGGUUAGAUUUCAGCCCUGGCUCUCUUCAGUUGAACAAUCUUUGAAUAAAUCGUUUGUAGGUAUCGAAGGUAACGGCGAGAACUUAAAGAACUAUGCACUUACUACUUUGUUAUUGAUUAAUUCAAUAGUUGAAGGAACUAGAUCAAUUAAGACGAGAAUUUCAAUCCGUAGAGAGCUUACUGACUCAAGGCUAUUUCAAUUGUUUGAUAAAAUCAAGGUUAUUGGAGAUGAUAGGAUUUUGGAUGAGAUUGACAAGUAUGAAAUAUUCGCAGAAGAAGAUUACAACGAAUUUUUACAAAUGGAUAGCGAGGUUGCUAGUAGUAGUAUACAAGGAACUAAUAACGGUGUUGACGGCGAAGAAAUCAGUAUUGAUGACCUUUUCGAAGAUUUGAAGAAGCUAUAUGAUCAUUCAGAAGACUUAGAAAACAAUCUUGGGUCAAUUUUUCAAAAGUUGAUUACGUUAAGGGAAAGCAGCAGAAAUGAAGUGGAAGUCAACAAAUUAUUAAUUCUUACCAAUUCCAUUUUGCAACAUAUUAUAGCUGAAUCUACCAAUGUCGGUACUGAUUCUGGUACUGUUUUGAACAGUGGUAUUCAGAGGUUGAUGGAUAGAUUAACGACAGAUGAUACCGCAAGAAGAGCGAUUCUAGAGUCCAAAGAUAUGGCAAGAACGGUGGAUAGAUUGGAAAGAGAAAAGCAAGCUCUAGAAGUAGAAAUUAGCUAUGGUUCAAAGGGAAUGAUCAAUAACUUAAAAAAGGAGGCUCAAAUAAGUAGUACAAAGAUGGCUGCUCAACAAAGGCAAAUAGCUUUACUUCAAUACCAGAUAAAAAGACUAGAGGAUGAGAAGAAUAGAUUGCAGAAAGUUGUCGAUACUUCUGUUGUCAAGCCUGUUACCCUUAGUGCAGUUGGUAAUCACUCUCAGUCUUCAUUGACUUCCUCUCCAAAAAUCACUCCUGCAGAACUUGAAAACGUCCUAGUAGGGAGACAUAAUGAAAAGUAUGAGACAAUCAAAGAUAUUGACGUUACCCUGGAAUUUAUUGCUCCGCGUCCUCCUACGCCGCCUCCAAUGAGCAACUUUUUUGGAAGGAAUGGAAAACAUGGUGAAAUUAAAGGAAUCUUAAAAUCCAAUAAUGUAAUAAGAGAUUUUGCACCUGAAGUUGUGGAUGUUUCGCAUAGAUCGAAUAAUUUCCAAAAAACUGAAGGUAGCGCAAUUUCCAGCGUUGGUGCGACUCAUGGAUCAAAUGAUUUCCAAACUAUUGAUGAUAGUACAAGUUCAAGUGUUGCUGCGACGCAUGGGUCAGAUACCAUCGCAGAGGGCAGAACAUACUCGACUGCUGAUGCCUUGACUUCUGUUGGUGCAAGCAAUGUAGCUAAGAAUUCCUCUGGGGACUUCGGUAAUUCUUCUUCAUUAGGCAAAACAAGCAGUAGUACAACAUUAACUUCUGCGGCACCACCACCUCUUCCACCCCCAUUGCCUGAAAUGCUUGAAAAUAAGACCAGUUCGACAGCUACGAAUAUCCCUCCUCCUCCACCACCACCUCCGCCCAUGCCAGGAAUGCUUAGUAAGAGUGUGACUUCUGGAAACUUGCUGACACCACCACCGCCACCUCCUCCUCCUCCGUUACCUGGAAUGCUCACUAAGAGUAGUACUUUAAUGAAUAUAGGAGGAGCUACUCCUCCACCACCACCACCUCCUCCAUUACCUGGAAUGCUCACAAAGAGUAGUAGUGGAUUGAGUUUUCAACCUACACCACCUCCUCCCCCUCCGUUACCUGGAAUGCUUAACAAGAGCAGUACUACAAAUACCUUACAAUCAUCUCUGUCUCCUCCCCCAUUACCGGGAAUGCUUUCUAGAAGUGAUCUGGGCAUUUCACCAAUUCAUCAAGUAUUAGCUACCAAUGGCAAUGGCAUAAUUUCACUGUCUACCUCAUCAAAUCAGGUAUCGAAAAAUCCUUCUUUAGUAAACUUACAGGAAUUAUCUAAGGCAUUUGAGCCAGUUGAUAUCAUUCUUCCUACAAUUCGUCCAAAGACUAAGCUAAAACAAAUGCAUUGGGACAAAAUCGAUGACAUUGACAAUACUUUUUGGACAGAUAUCAAUCACGGGGACCUUGAAGACCAAUUAGUAGAAAAGGGAAUUCUCACUGAAGUUGAAAAGGUAUUUGUUGCGAAAAACUCAACUGUUAAACUUAAAGAUGGAGCAAAUUCAGGAAGCGGUGCUAAAAGAAACUUUCAACCUGCAAAGCCCACCAAGAUAUCAUUCUUAUCGAGGGAUUUGGCACAACAAUUUGGUAUCAAUCUUCAUAUGUUUGCUUCACUUAGUGAAACUGAACUCGUGAAAAAAGUUUUAGGCUGUGAUAAAGAAAUUUUAGAAAACUUGAGUGUUUUAGAAUUCUUCAAUAGUGAUUCAUUAUCUGAAAUUAGUGAUUCAGUCUCCAGAAAUUUCAUUCCUUAUUCAACAGCAUAUAUGGGAGGAGGAAAUUUGUCGCCAACUAAAUUGAAGAAGAACUCAAAACCUGUAGAAGAAUUAGAACGUCCAGAUAGAUUAUACUUAGAACUUUGUUUUAAUUUAAAGCACUAUUGGAAAUCAAGGUCUCGUGCUUUGCUACUCAUUCAAACGUAUCAAAGAGAAUAUAUGGACCUAUUGAAGAAACUUCAAGUUAUUGAUGAAGCAAAUAGAGCCUUAAAACAAUCUGAUUCGUUGAAAAAUGUUUUAGGGAUCAUUAGGUCUGUGGGUAAUUUUAUGAAUGAUUAUUCGAAGCAAGCCUUAGGUUUCAAGUUGGACACUUUACAAAGAUUGAAAUUCAUGAAGGAUGAAACAAAUACUAUGACAUUUUUGCAUUAUAUUGAAAAAGUCAUUAGGAACACUUUCCCCGAAUAUGGGUCAUUUGUUGAUGAAUUGAGCUCUUUGAAUCAUAUGAAUAAUAUAUCAAUUGAGCAAGUUGAAAGUGAUUGCAUUGACUUUGAAAAGAUGUUAAAUAACGUAUCAGACUCCACAACUAAGGGUAAUUUGAGUGCUCCAGAAGUUUUACAUCCUCAAGACAAAAUAUUAGAUAAAAUUAGCGGACCCUUGGAGAAUGCUAAAGUUAAAAAUUCAUUGCUUCAAUCACAUUUAAAAAGAACUAUUGGAGAACAUAGGCAACUAAUGAUGAAUUUUGGAGAAAACACCGAUGACUCAAACAGCCGAAAUACAUUCUUUGCAAAGUUUCUGGGAUUUGUUAGUGAGUUCAAGAAGGCGCAUUUUGAAAACAUUCAAAGAGAAGAAGAGCAAAAGGCGUACGAAGCAAGGAAGAGGAUGAUUGAAGAAAGCAGAAGCAAUCUAAUUAAACGAAAGAAGGAUGGAAAUAGAAAGAAGAAGGAUAGUGAUACCUCUACUAUUAUAGAAGUAGACGAGACCAGUGUUGGCCCUGAUCAUGGGGAAAAUCAAGCUGGAAAUAUAGAUAAAAGACGGAAUAAAGUAGAAGAAGAAGAAGAAGAAGAAGCGGCGGAAGAAGGAGAAGCUGACUCUGAGUUUGGCGAGAACGAUGACGAUGACGAUGAUGAUGACGAUGAUGAUGAUGAUGAUGAUGACGAAGAAGAUGACGACAACGAUGAAGAUGAUGACGAUGACGAAUACAAGGAUGUAUCUCCUUCGAAAGACUCUGGAAGUACUAGUACUGCAGAAGCUGCUGAUACUUCUAGUGCCACUAUUGAUAAUUUGAUGGAGAAAUUAAAGUCUAGUGCUUCCACAUCUUCCAAUUCGAGUACAAGAGAGAGAAAGGCUAGGAAUAGAAGAAGUAAAGCAUUAUCAUUUUACUCAUCGAUGACAAUUGACGACAUUUUAGAACAGGCUCCUGAGAAUGAAAGAGAAGUCGAGUACGAAAGUGUCAAUUUAUUAAAGAGCAGGAUGUCCACAAGACGCAAGCAGAAUCCCAAUGAAAAUUUGAAUUCCACUGCUGAUGUAACAUUAUUAAGAGCACAGGUCAUGUUGAAUCAACUUAGGAAAGAAGAAGCAUAG